GGAACCUCCAAAUUCCCCAUAUUGGAGCUCACCUGUGUUUCCUGUUCCUACAUUUUGAUCCAUCAUCUUCCCUCCCUCACUGUGUCCAAACCCUUUUUCACUUUUUCGAACGUCACCACCUAGUAAUUUCUUAACAUAACCCUCUCUUUCACUUCACAUCACCCCCACAGAAGCAACCAUGGCCAGCCCCCUCCAACUAAAGCUCCAAGCUCUCUCUGAUGAGUAUCAAAACCUGAACAAAGAACUCCAAGAGACUGUUCUCGCCAGACAGAAGCUCGAGGCUCAGAAGCAGGAAAACAUCAGCGUGCAAAAUGAGUUCGAGAAGCUCAAGGAUGACGAGCAGAUCUUCAAGCUAGUGGGCCCGGUGCUGCUCAAGCAGGACAAGAUGGACGCAGAGAACACGGUCAAGGGUAGACUGGAGUUCAUCAGCAAGGAGAUCACUCGCUUGGAGGGAGUCAUCAAGGAGACACAGGGCAAGAUUGAGAAGAAGAGGACAGAGAUCAUUCAGGUCCAGACGAGCGCCCAGGCUGGUGGUGCCCCUCAGGCCGUCAAGGCUUAGACCUAAUGGAAUCAGUUACGGAAAGAAUGUCCACGAUACCCAAUCGAGAUCAGGCGCAGGUACGAUUCAUCACAGAGCGAUCCGGGGAAACUGUCUCGUGAAUG